AUGACAUCAGCAUAUGGCAUGUUGCUUGCCUCCAUAGCGGCGUUGUACACCUGCAGCACUUUAGCUCUUACCUCAUCCUUCUGUCCCAACAACGGGGACGUCUGUUUCCGUUGGGGUGUCCCCAAGGCAUCCGCAGUGUCAGGCUCCGGCAACAUCUACUUCCAAAUCGAAGCUCCCACCAGCCUAACAUGGGCGGGGCUCGGCAUAGGCACAGGUAUGCGAGGCGCCGCUAUGUUCCUAUUUUAUCAGAAUGGUGACGGCAAUAUCACUCUGAGUACGAGAACCGGACGUGGCCAUGUUAUGCCCGAAUACACAGAACGAAGUGAGGUCAAGCUGCUCGCUGGCUCUGGCGUUAAAAAUAAUAAGAUGAUUGCCAAUAUUCGAUGUGGCGACUGCAGUAGCCUGAACCUCGAAGGCUCCAACUCUUGGAUCGCCGCCUGGAAGAAUGGCAACCCGCUUAACUCCACGAGUCUUUCCGCGAGAAUCUUGGAGCAUGAUGGGGACAGCAGCUUCAAUAUUGACUUUGCCCAGGCGUCCAUGAGCUCGGACAGCAACCCCUUCACGUCUAGCAGUAGUGGAGACUCAAGCUCCAACUCGGAGUCUGAUUCUGAUUCUGACUCCGGCUCCGGUAAUGGUGCUAUGCCAGAGGCAGAGUACAGUAGCACGAGCGAUAUAGUGCUCCGUGCCCAUGGAGUUAUCAUGUCUAUUGUCUUCCUCGCCGGAUAUCCCCUGGGAGCCGUACUCAUGACUAUGAUCGGAAAAUGGUUCAUUCAUGCCGGCUGGCAGGUCAUUGUUUUCGUGGGUAUGUGGGCCGGCUUUGCCCUUGGUUAUGUCUAUGCCCGUAACGAUAGUGAUUGGUGGAAACAAGCUCACACAAUAAUGGGCACCAUAGUCGUUGCACUGAUGGGCCUGCAGCUUAUUCUGGUCCUCAUGAUCCUUGGUAUCAUCAACGGAGGGCUGGGUCUUCAACUAGCAGGCUCGCCUCAAUGCUAUGUCAUUCCGUAUUCUGCCGGUGCUGGUAUCGCCGCGGUGCUCUACAUCACUGGCAUAUUCGUAGGUGGGAUGAGAAAGAUUACACGCGCGAAGCAAAUUUCGCCUCAGAUAGUCCAGGAGGAGCAGUAA